UCAUAAUUAGAGAUUUUAGUUCAUAACAUGCAAAAACAAGAUAAAGUGUUAGCCUCAGCAAAAGCUCUUAUUGAUUUUAUAAAUGCUUCACCAUCUCCUUAUCAUGUAAUCCAAAACUGCAGGGAAAAACUCUUAUCAGUUGGAUUUUCAGAGAUUUUCGAAAAAGAUAAGUGGAAGAUUAAUAAAGGUGGAAAAUAUUUUGUAACACGUAAUCAGUCAUCAGUAAUUGCAUUUGCUGUUGGAAAGCAGUUUAAUGGUGGCAAUGGUUUCUCUAUUAUUGGAGCUCACACUGACAGCCCAUGCUUUGUUGUUAAACCAAAUUCAAAGAAAGAAGAAAGUGGUUAUUUAUCAGUUGGGGUUCAGUGUUAUGGGGGUGGCAUAUGGAGUACUUGGUUCGAUCGAGAUUUAACAUUAGCAGGAAGAGUUUUGGUUAAAGAUUCAGGAAAAGCUGCAAGUAUCAAUCAUCAACUUGUUCAUAUCAAAAAACCUAUUUUGCGUAUUCCUCACCUUUGUAUUCAUUUACAAAGAGAAAUGAAUGAAAAUUUCAGUAUAAACAAAGAAGUUCAUUUAUUACCAAUAAUAGCUACAAAAGCUUUUGAUGAUCAAUUAAAUAAGUCUGUUGGCGUAGGAGUCAAGCAUCAUUCUGUUCUUGUCAAUUUGCUAUGCAAUGAAUUGCAGUGUCAGCAAGAAAAUCUUCUUGAUUUUGAUCUUUGUCUUACUGAUACUCAGCCAGCCACUGUUGGAGGUGCUUAUGAUGAGUUUAUUUUUGCUCCUCGUUUAGACAACUUGUUCAACUGUUACAGCUCUCUUCAAGCUCUGAUUGAUUCUAUAGAAGAUGAUUUACAAGAGGAAACAAAUAUACGCAUGAUAGCGUUAUAUGAUAAUGAAGAGGUGGGUUCUGAAAGUGCUCAAGGUGCGUGUUCAAUGCUUACAGAAAACAUCAUGAGGCGUGUUUGUAUUGAUCUUAACAGUUCUUUUGAACAAUCAGUUGCAAAUUCAUUUUUAAUCAGUGCUGAUCAAGCUCAUGCUGUUCACCCAAAUUAUGCUGACAAACAUGAAAAGAACCACCGACCUGCUUUUCAUGGCGGACCAGUUGUUAAGUUUAAUGCCAAUCAACGAUAUGCAACUACUGCUGUAACUGCAAGUUUGUUAAGAGUAAUUGCAAAUAGUUGUAAUGUACCAUUGCAGGAUGUUGUUGUACGAAAUGAUUCAACUUGUGGAACAACAAUUGGUCCUAUUAUUUCUGCAAGAAUCGGAAUUCGUACUAUAGAUAUCGGUGGUCCUCAACUUGCAAUGCAUUCCAUUCGGGAAACAUGCUGCACUUCAAGUGUUGAUCAAUGCCUUGUUUUGUUCAAAGAAUUUUUCCAAAAGUUUCCUAUAAUUGAUAAAAGUUUUAAUAUAUAGACAGUUAAGACUUGAAAAAGUUUUUGAAGAAUUUUUAAAUUAUUUGGAUUGUUUAAUUGGAUUGUUGCUUUGUAAAGUUUUAAAGUUAUUAAGUAUGAAGAUGUUUUUGUAA